CAAAAGCACAAACAGAAAUCUAAAGGGGACAGUGUGCGAGCUGUACGGGUGAAAACUAAGGCCCCUUGGAUACCCCCAGGCAAAACAAGCACUCGUGAUACCAUCUUGAAGUGGGAGGAAUCAAGUGAACGCCUGGAAGCUACACCUAACGCUGAGUCUGACAGGAUGCAGUCAGUACUACGCCUCAGUGACCUCUCCACGGAUGACGAUGAUCCCGCUUGCUGCAAAAUUAACAAAUAUGAGAAGAAGAUAGAUAGCCUGAUGAGCAUGGUGGGAACACUGAAGAAAGAGGUGAGGAGACAGUGGAAAGACUUGCUGACUGGGGCUUUGUAG